CGCCUUUUAAACAGAGGGAGGAGGAGGGGAAACGACUCUUCCCCUUCCCCCGGGUUGAAACUGAAAUCGCGGUCGCCUCCCUCCUCGCGGGAUCGAGCACGGAGCAGGCUGGUUUUAGUGUUGAGUAGCACUGUACGAGCUCCAAAUUUAGCAUGAGUACUGUCAGUGGCGCUCGGCGUGCCCAAAGGAGGCAAUCCCAAGAAGGUUCUGGCGAUAAAGUUGUUGUAAACUUGGACGCAAUCCCCUCCCCAGUGGUGAGCCGUCGUGAGGCGCCAACCUUAACUGGUGCGCGCGCCUCUCCCAUUGAUGUGGAAGCUCUGGAUGAUGAAGUGCAGACAGUAUCAGCUUCGCAAGUGCCUCCUCCGAGAAGGAACCGGAGAGCUAGGAGGCAGCCUGUGGCAGUAGUUGAUCUGGAAGUAGAUGCUAGACGGGAAGGGAACAAACGUCAAAGGGUUGCACCUGUUAUACGCCUCUCUCCAGAGAGAGGAGAAGGGUCCAGCUUGCAGUCAAACAAUGCUGUGAAGACUAACAAAGAGCCUCCUAAGCCAAAGGAGCCGGUUUUUAACUGUCCAGUGUGUUGGAACAAGUUGGAGGAGCCCUCUACAACAAUUUGUGGCCAUAUUUUCUGCACGAACUGCAUUAAGCAAGCCAUUCAGAUUCAGAAGAAAUGUCCUACCUGCCGGAAGAGCCUAAGGGCGAACAAUUUCCAUCGUAUUUACCUUCCAGGCUCUGAUAGUUAAGGCUCAUUGAAUUUAUACCGAAGGGAAUUCUGGUUGAAUCUAAUAAUAUAUUCAGGAUCAGAAGGCCCCCCCGUAGCGUGUAUCAUUUUGCUGAGAAGUAGUGCCACAGCAAAAUGACAUCACCCCAGACGGUUCAUCCAAUGCUGUUUGUAUGUAUCACCAGGAGCUCAUCAGCUGCCGGUGACAACAUCCUGAUUACGCAACUGGAUGGCCUCUUGCUGCCGCCAAAGUAUACAUCAAAUCUAACUAUAGUCUCAUUGGUUAGAAUGUCUUUUGUGUACUGUUGUAUGUACCAGGCGCUUGGCCGUGCUACCGUACCUUCUCGCCCUAGCUGGCUAAUGUAACCGUGAUGAUGUUUAGCAUCGCAUGUUGUCUUCC